ACUGUGUUAGUGGAAGUUUGCACCGUAUUGGAUCUGACGGGGCCUCUUUCAAGUAGGUAGGGCCGGUCUGGAGAGUGCAGUCAGCGGAGAGAAGCCUGGCAUGAUGGAGAAGCUGUUUGUCUUGGUCUUUGCUCUCACCCUGCUGGCUUUCUCCUCAGAAGCCUCCCCGAUUCUGACAGAAAAGCAAGCGAAACAGCUCCUGAGGUCCAGGCGGCAAGACAGGCCCAGCAAACCUGGAUUCCCGGACGAGCCCAUGCGGGAGUAUAUGCACCACCUCCUGGCCCUGGAGCACCGUGCUGAGGAACAGUUUCUGGAACACUGGCUGAAUCCUCACUGCAAGCCACACUGUGACAGGAACAUUGUCCAGCCUGUGUAAAGGACCUGGGGCCAGCUCGCAAGCACGCUGACAAGGCAGUGAUCCAGAGACUGCUAGGACAGAGAGAAGCUCAUCUUCUAUUUGAUCUAAAACCUUAGAAACAAUGUCUUCUGACCUCAAGAACUUGUGGUCCUUAGUGGGCAGCCAGAAUUGGCCUUGGGGGAAGUGGAGAACAUGCAUUCUGCUCCCUUUGGCUAACCUGCCUACAGUGUGAAAACAGACAGGUGGAAGCAGGGCUCCUGAGGGCCUCCCUGCUGGUUUGCAAGGAUAGGCAGAACCGAAGUCCUUCCUUAGAGGGGUGGAGCUGGGGGCUGCAGAACAGGCCUGUGGCAGGGCAUCUGUCCUGGGGACCCUGCGGAUAUCUUGUUCAGAGAGGGAAGGGCAUCACUUGGGGCUGCUGAGGUUUGGGUCAUCUGCUUUUUCAUUUCUUUGCUGAACUAAUAAAGGCCAGUGCUUAGUCUU